AUGUCUCAUUAUGAUGAACGAGGACUACUAGAGUGUUCGAGGGGACGACUGAAAUUAAAACAAUCUUGUUAUCCGUCACGAGUUCUGAUUUGGGGCAUGGAUUCGCCUAACGCGACCCAAAUUGAAAGAAAGUUUAGUGGUGGAGAUGGAAAUGAUAAAGAAAGCUCAAAACCAAUGAAGCGUGGAAUGUUUCAAGUUGGGCACUGCACAGCCACGUGA